AUGGCGUUUGAUGACUACCUCCGAGCCCGCAGCUCGUCCAGAGAUGACGCCGAUACCUACGACCCAGACGAAUACCAGCGCGGCCGACAACGCAUUGACCUGAAACUCAAGGGCACCUUUGAGCGCAUCUUUGAGAAAUAUGCCAGAGACUUCACUGGUGUCGGCGAUGAAAUCGACAUGGAAACCGGCGAGGUCGUCGUCAACAAUGGCCACCUGACCUACAUGCAACACGAGCGUGACACGGGCAAGAGCGCUUCAUCCCGCUUCGUGCGAGCCUUUGCCGACGAGCUGGAAGUCGAAGAUGGCGACGACGACAAUGAUGAUGAAGGGGACAAUGAGGACGAUGACCCUCCCCAGCAGCUCGGAGAAGAGGACGUACCCCAUCAAGAUCCUGACGACGACGAGGACGAGUUACAGCACGAGCCUCGACAAGCGGAGAAUCAAGAGGAGGACUAUUUUGGACGAGAAGAGGAGGACGUCAGCGAUGACGAGGAUGGCGAUUAUGAGGAUGCGGCAGUCGAGGCUGGUGACGAGCAGUCGGGCGACGAGUCUGACGACCUGGGCCAUGAACCUGAGCAUUUCGCUCUUGAUCCUCGACUCGCUGAGCCUGAUGCCGGGAUUAGCCAAGAGCAGCAAUACCACGAUACAUCCAUCAUUCCAUCUACCGAAACCAGCCACUCUUUGCCCCACAUCUCCAUUGCAGACUCGUUGAACCAGCUCGUCCCUCACCAAGACGCCAAUGGAAGAGUCGACCCCGAAGCCAUCCACCAGCUGGGUCAAAGUAUUGCCAACCAGAUCGCUCAAUUCCUCAUGCACGCCACCUCGAUCAACAGACAACCGCUUCAAGGCAUUUGGUCCGCUCCACCCCUGCCUCAGGACGCCUUCAAUCCACCCUCCUUCUUUGACAACCGCCGCGCUGCAAUCACUCCAGCUCCUCAUCGAGCUCCCUCUGUCUGGGACUCUCCUUCUGGUGGCCAGUCGUUAUGGGCACCAACCGGCUCACGACCCAAGAAGCGUCGCAGGCUUCUUAAGCAUACCGAGACCUCAUUCGGCAUUGACCCUGCCUUGACGGAUGAUGCUGCCUUCUCGGACGUUCCAUCACGAAACCGCUACUCCAGAGAAGAAGAUGAACUGAUCAAGCGCCUCAAGGAGAUCAAUGGCUUGACCUGGCAAGAAAUCACGAGGCGCCUGCCCGGCAGAACAACUGGUGGUCUCUCUGGCCGCUACACACGUGUCUUGAAGGAUCUGCCCAGGCCUGUCAUGAUCAAGCGCGAAAUCAUCGAGAUCAUGGAUGGUGACGAUGACGAACUAUCCACUCCCGGCCCUACAGCCACUUCGCCUGGCAUGUCGCCUUUCCAAACUCCGCUCUUGCGUCGCGCUAUGGACAAGCAAAUUGCCCGCCAUGGAGAUAGUGGUGAGAUACCUAUCACUAUAGGCGACGAGGAUGACACAGACUCGCGCGACUCGUCUGCACCACCACCGGAUACAUCCACGAAGAAGAGAAAGGCAAGAGCAAAGGAUCCCUCACUCGGACUGAAAGGGCAAUAUCGGACCUUCGACAGCUCGAAUCCGGCUGGAAACUUUGGCGUUCUAUGUACCGACAGUCCAGCACCUUUCAUCGCAGAGGAGCACAAUCUGAACUUCUACGGACCUACAAGUGGAUUCGGCGUAUUGAGACUGGGAAAGCCAGAGAAAGAGCGAAAACGGCCCCCAAAGAAACCAGAUCCACCUCGAGAUGCCUCCAGAAGCGAUACGAGAUUCAAUCAUCCUGCACCUCAGCUACGUGACAGUAUGUCGAGCACACCGACCAGUACUGUCAACUUGUUUUCACGCGCUGAGCAGCACAUGAGAUCCCAGGGCUUCAAUGCCGCUAGUAUGGCUAUAUCCCAGCUUCGUCUUGUGUCGUCACUCCAAGCAAACCAGCAUUCAACCUCUACUACCGUAAGGUCGAGUAAUACGGGUGGACCUGUAACAAUGAUGCCUCCUCCUUCGGCCAGAUCUCGUGCAGAGCCUGCUUCGGAAGGUAGCUCGCCAUUGCCAACUCAUCCGCCUCCUCCAUACAGUGCCAAUCCUCCUUCCCGAGCAAGCACGCCUCCUGAGAUACACACACCGCUCACACGUCACACCGAACCAAUGGCAAUGGACACAGAGAACGAUGGCGAUGUUAGUGACUCGUCAAUGGAUACCCCGGCAACAGCAAAACGCUACGCCAAUGCACCGAACACGACGAGCUUCACCAACGGCCCAUACUUCCUGUCCAAUCUGCCUCCGCCCCCAANNAGUCCACUGGUAGCAGCACCACAGACACAAAUGCGCUCACCGUCUUCCUCACCGCUGUCCUCGCCGCUCUCUUCUCCGCCACCCAUGCCAUCACCGACUUCAUCUCAAGAAUCAUCAGAUAAGGGCCGACAACGCAGCACAAGAAGCUCCACUCGCCAAGCGCCCAAGGACUCUUUGCUCCCACCUGGACCAGGUGAAGUGGCCAGAAUGAACUUGCCUACCCCAGCCACAUCUCUCAGAGAGAGCAUAUCUACCCCCUCAACGGCACUUAGAAGGGGCAAAUCCACCAUCACGCCCAAGACAGCCGCAUUGCCUAGGACGCCAAUGACAAGCUACGGUACCNCCCUCAGAGGAACCGUCGGCCGAAGAGAAAUCUUGAUGAAANAAGCAAUGCCCGAACCUGACGAUGGAUCCGAAGAUGAACUUGCUUAG